AGGGAGCCUCGUCCAUGUGAGAGACACUGAUGUGGGGGUCCACACCUUCCUGGGAAUUCCCUUUGCCAAGCCGCCUCUAGGACCCCUGCGAUUUGCACCCCCCGAGCCUCCCGAACCUUGGAGUGGUGUAAAGGAUGGGACCUCCCACCCAGCCAUGUGUCUGCAGAACAUCACAGUCUUGAACACGAUGGCUCUGAAGCUGAUUAACUUGAGCCUGCCCUUGAUCUCCGUGUCCGAAGACUGCCUGUACCUUAACAUCUAUACGCCUGCCCAUGCCCGUGAAGGCUCCAGUCUGCCGGUGUUGGUGUGGAUCCAUGGUGGCGGGCUUGUGAUGGGCAUGGCUUCCAUGUAUGACGGCUCGGUGCUGGCAGCCUUUGAGGACGUGGUGGUGGUCACUAUCCAGUACCGCCUGGGUAUUCUAGGCUUCUUCAGCACUGGAGACAAGCAUGCCCCCGGCAACUGGGGUUACCUGGAUCAGGUGGCCGCGCUUCGCUGGGUCCAGCAAAAUAUUGCCUCUUUCGGAGGAGACCCUGGCCGUGUCACCAUUUUCGGCCAGUCCGCAGGUGGCACAAGUGUGUCCUCCCAUGUUGUGUCCCCCUUGUCCCAAGGACUCUUCCAUCGUGCCAUUAUGGAGAGUGGUGUGGCUCUGUUGCCCGGCCUCAUUGCUAGCUCAGCCGAUGUGGUGUCUGCGAUGGUGGCCAACCUAUCUUCCUGUGGCCAGGUUGACUCAGAGGCCCUGGUGGGCUGUCUGCGGGGCAAAACUGAAGAGGAGAUUCUGGCCAUCCACCAGCCCUUCAUGAUCAUCCCUGGCGUAGUGGAUGGGACCUUCCUGCCCAGGCACCCCCAGGAGCUGCUGGCCUCCGCUGACUUUCAACCUGUCCCCAGCAUCAUUGGUGUCAACAACGAUGAGUAUGGCUGGAUCAUCCCCUCGGCCAUGAGCAGCUCUGAUACCUGGAAGGAAAUGGACAGAGAGACCGUGAAGGCCAUUCUGCAGCAAAUGUUCACAAUGUUGAUGUUGCCUCUUGAGUCUGUUGACCUGUUGAUGGAGGAGUACAUGGGGGACAGUGGGGACCCCCAGACCCUCCGAGCUCAGUUCCAUGAGAUGAUGGGGGAUGCCAUCUUCGUGAUCCCUGCACUCCAAGUAGCCAAUUUUCAGCGCUCACACGCCCCAGUCUACUUCUACGAGUUCCAGCAUCGGCCCAGCUUCCUCAAGGACAUCAGGCUGCCCCAUGUGAGGGCAGACCACGGUGAUGAGUUACUUUUUGUCUUUGGAACCAUCUCUUGGAAAGGUUACAUUGAAGUCACAGAGGAAGAAAAGCUGUUGAGCAGGAGAAUGAUGAAGUACUGGGCCAACUUUGCUCGAAAUGGGAACCCUAAUGGCGAGGGUCUGCCACACUGGCCCGUGUUGGACCAGGAAGAGCAGUCCCUGCAGCUGAGCACACAGCCUGCAGUGGGCCGGGCCUUGAAGGCCCACAGACUUCAGUUCUGGACGAAGACCCUACCCCAGAAGAUACAGGAGCUGAUGGAGACAGAGGAGAAGCACACAGAGCUGUAACUCCCUGUGUCUGGGGGUGAAGGGCCAGGGAGGGGGGGCUUGGGUAUAGGUGGGGGUCUGCUGAAUAUACCCACGCACACCCACUGAGGAGCCAGGAGCUUUUCCUUCCUUCCUACAGCCAUUCAUUCAUCCUGCCAGGCAGCCAGCCAGCAAACAUUUAUUAAGA